GUAGCAGCAGAUGCCCCCCAUGAAGACAGAGCUACCAGCCUGCCAUCAGCGGAUCGAUCGGUGACUGACGGCACAGCAGGAUGACGGACGCUGGGAACCAGUCCUGUCUGCGUGGAGCAGAGGACACUGUCUCCCUCCUGACCAAACUAAUAGUAGAAACGCACAUAUCUGAAGAGUAGCAACCGUCUCAGCUAGGUGACAGGACUGGAAUGCAGACAGGUUGGUUUAACAACAUGACCAUGCUGUGGGAAUGCGCUCUGGAAUUUCUUAACGUGCCUUGCUUGACCAAAGAGCAACACGCAAAAAUGUAUGUGGUGUACUGAGGUGUGCUUGUUCCAUUCAUUUGAGGAGUGGGCGGGCCUCGAUCAGGAGGACUACUUCAGUGUUUUGGAGUAUCUGCUGUGGGUCUUCACCCCAUUGGCCAUUGUCUUCAUUGUGCCCUUCCUCAUUGUCAUCCUCCUUUACUUGUCUAUACUCUUCCUUCAUGUCUACAAGAGGAAGAAUCAGUUGAGAGAAGCUUACUGCAACAACCUGUGGGAUGGAGCCCGGAAGACUCUGGCGAUGUUAUGGGAUGGACACGGAGCCAUAUGGCAUGGCUAUGAGAUUCAUGGGAUGGAGAAGAUACCUGACAAAGGACCAGCACUUAUAGUCUACUAUCAUGGAGCCAUUCCUAUAGACUACUACUACUUUCUGGCCAGUGUUAUCAUUCAGAAGGGACGAACAUGUCACUCUGUAGCUGAUCACUUCCUCUUCAAAAUCCCAGGUUUUAAGUUACUUUUGGAGGUGUUCAGUGUAAUCCAUGGUCCUCAGGAGGAAUGUGUUCGGGCUCUAAGGAAUGGCCACGUUUUGGGAAUUUCUCCCGGAGGAGUGCGUGAGGCUUUGUUCAGUGAUGAGACUUACCCUCUUCUUUGGGGCAACCGCAAAGGUUUUGCCCAGGUUGCCAUUGACUCUCAAGUGCCAAUAAUUCCAAUGUUUACUCAGAAUGUGCGUGAAGGCUUCAGAUCUCUGGGAACGCUCAGAUUCUUCCGCUGGGUGUAUGAGAGAUUCCGUCUCCCCAUAGCUCCUGUGUACGGUGGCUUUCCAGUGAAGUUUCGGACCUACCUUGGUGACCCCAUCCCCUACGACCCCAACAUAGGCGCAGCAGAGCUGGCAGAGAAGGUGCAGCAGGCAGUUCAGUCCCUAAUAGAUCAGCACCAGCAGAUUCCAGGAAGCAUACUAAGAGCCUUGUUGGAGAGAUUCCACUCCAAACAAAAAGGUCGUUGAAAUGAGCACUAAAACAACUACUUGUGUGUGUGCAUGUAUGAGUGACUAUGCAGGUAAUUCCUUGAAAUAUUGCUUUUUAACAGCACUUUGCACAUUUUCAUUUGACUUUACUGAGAGAAACAGUGGAACAAAGUAAGAUCACACUUCAGGGUGACACUAGACAAAUAACCAUCUUUAUGUUGUAUAAUACUGCACAAGUUGUUCUUUGUACCUCUACUUGUAGUUACUUGCUGUAGUUGCACUUUAUGUAAUAUUGCAAUUAAAGCAAGAAGACAUACAAACCGGGGUCAGAUGCUGUACAUAAAUAAUGACUGAGUUAUUUUGUGAGAACCAUCCACUGAGCAAAGCUCUGGUUCAGUGAUUUUUAAAGCUUUACUGUUGCCAGUGAAUGACCCAUAACUGUUUCAUAUGUUCUGUUUGUGGAACUGAACACAAGUCAUAAGUUACUUUGUGCCCCAGAUUAUACAAAGAUGUGCGUUUUGCACUACGUCUGAAUUAAUUGUUACUGAAUAAUUGAUUGAUUUGAAAAUAAAUGCAGUGAAUGAACAAAUAAUAAGUCAGUACAUUUUACUUUUAGGUCUAAAAGUGGUGGAUGUUGAUUUGUUAUAACUCAAGUAGUAGGUGCCUUUUUGUAGUCAGUCAGACUAUACAGUACACCGUGUCGUUCCUCUGUCGUUCCUCGAGGAAGACUUACACACACACACACACACAAUCUAAAAUAUGACUUAGGAUUAAUAGGGUAAGGUUUUAGCACUUUCAGCUCAAAAGACAAAGUGAGGCCUGAAGGUUUGGGAAUCCUGUGGAACUUCCUCUGUCUUUGAGCACUGCACACUAAAUCUAACCUAUAACACUGAAGGGCUUCAUGCCUAGUCCUGAAAUCGAGUAAAUCUUAAUAAACAAUUAAAUCAUCUCAUUCAUUUAUUGUGGAGACAAUCCAGUCUUACUGUAUGUUUAUUGAUGUGUUAAAUAGUAUGUGGACCCAUGACUUGGUCACUGGUUUGUCCCCUUUUUGCAGCAGUAAAUACUUACUUAAUAAGUACUACUACUUAUUAAGUAAUUUCUUCCUACAGAACAGCUUAAAUCAAAUAUGCCAUUUUCCUUGCAUGUACUUGCGUUUAAUACACUUUCACACUAUUUUUACACCUACAGUGUUUCUUGUUCAGCAUUUCUUUGUUUUGGUUUAUUGUAGGGCUGCACCAUAUAGGGAUAGUCUGCAAUGACAUGUGCAAUAACAUGAGGCAAUACUGCAAUGGUGAUAUAACUUUGCAUUACAUUUAUACAGUUCCUGGUUUAUUCCACAAAAAACUUUCCAACAUGAAAAUUAAGCACAAAUAUAUUGAAGCCUAAUUGCAAAACAUUUAACUGGUUUAUUUCAGGUACAGUGGAUGAUAUAGUCAUCUGUGUAACAUGUUGCUGGAAAAGACCAACAGAGGGCAGGGGCGCAGAAAGGGUCCAUUGGUGUUGCAGUGUUAUCAACAAGAUGUUUAUUCUCCUGUAGUUUUCAUACAGUUUAUACAUAGUUGUUUUUAUUGGAGCAGUGUCAGUCUCAGUGAGUCUUGUUUCAGGCUGGUUGUUUGUAAAUUUCCUUUUUUCAAAGUUUGAUCGGAAACAUGUCCAGGGGCUUAUGUUCUACUGGGCUAAAGUGAGCUAGCUUUAAGUUAGCUCAAACUCUAGCUGAUGCUAUUGUCUAAGUUUCGCAGUAUAAUUGAAGGGCCUCCCAUGAUUGAUAUGCAUGCCCAAAUUGACUCAAUUUAGACUGUCUUUUGUCUUGCUGCAUUGUUCAUGAGCUUCAGUUUAAUGGUGCUUCCUUGUACAACCCUGUCAGGGUUCAUGGAAGUAAAUGUGCAGAGCUCGAUGGACUGCUGCAUCCAAGGAAGACUAAAAGGAAAAGCCAGAACAGGGUCAACAAGGUCAUGGACGGGCCAUCGGGAACCUGAGGCAUGCCCUUAGUUAUAGGCAUAGCAAGCAAAAGUGGCAGGGUGGCUAGAACCAGACUGUGUGGUCUGUAAGGGCCCCAAGGCAUGUCCCUCAGGUCUGCAGAAAGUCACUCCUAACCGGUCCUCAUGCUUACAGAUGGAUGGGGGAGACAGGGUCGAGGGAGGUUGUCUAAAGGAUAGAAGCCAAAUGUGAGCAAGGACUAUGAAUCCCUCAUUUAUAUACACUGGUGUAUAUUCGUCAUUGCCCUAGGAAGGUAUCCAUACAUGAUCUAAAAAGAUUAUUCCCAUACAUAUGGAAUGCAUAAUAUUGUAGAGAUAGAUACUGAUAUAGAUGUGCAACCAUGUUUUCAUUACACUUCUUAUCUAAACUUGAGCAAAACUGUAGACAGACAGCAGUGUUGAUUUUGCUAUUUGGCCAUGCACAUCAAUGAAUGCUCUCCUGACUCAUGAACACACAGCCCUUUGGUCCGCUAGUUGUUAUUCUGUGGUGACCUCCUAGAGCACUUUUACUUUCAGGUUGAGGUUGUCUGUGAGUAGCUGGUUGGAGUGUUGGAAGGAAAGCUCUCAAUCCACAGUCCGUCCUUACUGUAUGUUGUACAUCAACCAGGUGAUGUGAGAGUAGACUAACAUCUAAACCACUGGCACACGAUCAACACAUACUGUUACACAAGCUCCUUUUGUGUAUGGACAACAUCUACACAGCGAGAACACUCUUUAUUCCUCUUUACAGGCGACCUGUGACCUGUAACUGCUCCAAUCUCUUCCAUUCUUUUAUUAUUCAGUUGAUCCUAGUAAAAAUGAACAGACUGAUGAAUCAGUAACACUAGAGGCUACACAAAUAUGCAGGAUUGAAUCAUUUACCCAAGUCGCAUAAUAAAGAAGCUUUUGUGUACUUCGGCACCUUCAGUCUAGUUUUGUGCUUCACCUAAGUUUUAUGUUUGUUGAAGUAGCAGAGAAGAGUUCAUCAGGUAUCUGAGCUGUAAAUAAACUGGUUGUGUUUGAAAAGACCUCCACGAGCAGCACGUUAGUCUUAACCAUGAGGCCGAUGUUCAUAUAUGUGCUUCGUUUAUACCCUGACAGAUCAUUCUGGAGCAGUACUGUAUUUCCUCUCAUAACUAAAUUGUUAUAUUUAUCAUAUCGGUACAAAUACUGCUGAUAUUGUGAGGAUGUUAAUGGUUUUUGUUUCAUUUCUGAACCUUCAGUGCUUUCUCAGCAGUGUUGUGACCUAAUCAAAUAAUUAGUAUUGUUUAAAUUGUGCUAGUUUUGCAUGUGUGUUGCAUGGAUGAGUAAAUAUUAAACUUUUCACUGCCAUUGUUGUUUUUAUAAGCCUUUGUGAGACCAAGUGCAUAUUUGAGUGUUGUUUAACUGGAAGCUAUACUUCUGUGAACGUAUUGCCUUGUUUCAUGUUCAAGUUGUUCUUGUUGUUUUGAGAUGAUCUAAUAUCUAUUUUUGAAAGUUUGUCUAUGUCUAAAUGUAGAACUUCUAAAUAUUGAGAUCCUCUCAAACCUGCUAAUAAAUCUAUUUUAUUAA